ACACGAUUCAAAGGUUUUCUUCGCGAUCGACGCCUUUUUUUUGGAGAAAAUGAGUUAAAUCUAAUCAAUGAUGGAGAGUUUGGGAGGCAAAAGUGGUGGGGAUAUCCUUGCAAACUGUGAGGUCUGCAUUAAAUUCAUCGAGGCUGGUAGUGCGGUUGCUGCAGCCACUGUCCGCAGGCUCAGGCUCUUGGUAGAACUCCGUGGAAGGACUACAGGAACAUCAAAGGAGCUAUUAGUGAGACUGACUGAUGAUAGUGACCCUUUUUUCCUGUUUACGUGCAUUGUCUGUGAGGAGGACUAUCAUGGUCUGCGGCAAAGUCAGGGACUUCUGAUUGACUUCAGCGCUUUCCCACAUAAAUUUGUUGAGCUUGUUAACACAUGCAUCAGAGAAAGUGGCAAAGACUCACCCAAAUUUGUACUUGCUCUCCGUUGCUCUGAUAGCGGGGGAGACAAUGCAGCGUUGGAGGUUGUGGAGGUGAACAUUUUCAAACACCUGUGUCACCUGUCUCUCACUCUCACUCCGGCCUCAACACAGCUGAAACUCAGUCAUCUAGCUGAGUGUUGUAAAGCUCUUAAGGCAGAAGUUAAAGCCAAAGAGAGAGAAGCAGAAGAAAAUGCAAAGCAGUUAGAAAGCCAACUAAGAAAUACGCAAGAUAUCUUGGCCAAGACCUCAAGAGAAGCCCAGGAACUAAGGUCUGAACUAAAUCACCAAAUUGCCUUAUCCUCAGAGAAGCAAGCGCAGCUCAUUAACCAGGAGAAAGACAAGCUUCUGAAGAUUUAA